GGUUCUUUGAACCACAAAUUGACUUGUCUGAAUGAUAAUAUGAAACUUCAAUGCACAUUAAGGUAAGCUUGAGCACAUUGCAUGAAUUCAUCUUUACGUUGGAAAAAAUUAAAGGCUAAUGUUUCUCCUUUUUAAGCUAAACUUUCCCUGGUUCUCUUUCACCUUUCCACAUGUUUGUUGACACAAUGAUUGUGAGCUUUAAUUAAAGUUUUCAAUAUUAUUUGGUCACUAUUAGCAGACAUGGUGGUAGUACUAAAUUUUUGCAAUGACUUUGUGAUUGCAAAAAUUGGCACAUGAAAAUGACGUAAAACUGUUUUUUAACAAGCUAUAGCAGAACUUAGCUUACACGUACAUCAUUCUAUAACAUAGCUGUGGCAAACUAAUCAAAAGUAAACUAAUACUUAUCCAGGAGAAAAACUAAAAAUAUAUUUGGCAUGAUUAAUUAUCAAGCCAAAUUUUUUUCACUGAGUGGUUCUUUCCACCACAGGAUUAUAAAAUUGAAUUUUAUAUGCAUUUUCAUUGAAUAAGAUGAAGGCUGUGAAAAUUCCAAAAUCCAGUCAGAAAAUAAAUGUGAAAUUGCUACAUGCAACUUGCUUCAGUGAUUCAUUGAAGCUCUCAAAUUAGUUUCAAGUAGUAUGAACACUUAAAAGUGUUUUGGACAGUUUUCCUUUAUUUUGUGUAGACGGUGAUUUGGAUUGCCUUUUAAGCUUCAAAUACAGACUGUUUUCCUGAAAAAGUUAGGGUCAAGUGAAUUUCUCCAACUACACUAAGCCAUCAGAUGCUCUGAAAAUAAACACUGAUUCAACUCAAUUUCAUCAAUUAACUUCAAUUAUUCUUAAUGGGUUGUUCCUAAUUAUGUUCAAAAUAAAAACCAACUCUUCCGCACAACAGCAACUAAAGCAAUUUUGCCCUCAACUACAUACGGGAAAUCAGCUGUUGAUACUUUUGCCCUGUGCGUUUUACUUACUAAUCUCUGCAAUUGAAAGAUUGUAUUAAGAAACCUCAUAGGACGAAAAGCCCUGCACAAAGAAAUCUCCACAUGCCUUGUAUCAUGUGAAUGUUGUAGUGAACUACUCAGUACAAACCAACCAACCCCUUAAAGAUGCACUUUAUUGUUAACUCCUUUAAAGUGCAUUUAAAAGCAUUUUUAAUUUUGUGUCCUGGAUAAGAUUAAUAAUAAUUGUCUUUUGAACAAGCAAGCCACAUUUCGCUUAUCUGGUUCACUCAAGAGCUGGAUUACAAAGUAAUACGGUACUUAAGAUAACGUCCAAAGCCUUAAUAUUGAAGAUUUGAUCCUGUCUGUUUGUGGCAUAAUGCAUCUGAUCUGGAUAAGGAAAACAAAAGCAUACAUAAGCAUCUAAGUCCCCUUACGAUCAUAAACAUUACAAGAAUAAUUAUACUGUUUAUCAGUUCAUAUAUUAAUUUUGCUAAGAACCCUUACAUUCAAAUCCCGUUACACUGAGAGGGUCAUUAGAAAAGAUCCAUUUAAACAGCUGUCCAUAUUAAAUGGAUUAAAUGUAGAGACAAUGUAGGGGUUUCUUUCCUCAGAGACAAAGCAAACUACCAUAACUAUGAGAUGUCUGUUAAAGGGGUUGUGUCACAGCAGUCCAGUUCAUUUUGUUUAAUUUUGCCAAUUACUCGCCCUUAAUCGCUACGGAACUUAGAGUAAGCAAAGAAAUUACAUGUAAAAUAAAAUGACAAAAUCAGAGAUCCAAGACAAACAAAUAUGUCUCCCAAGCAUUACUUUUGAUGUUGCAAACAGCAGGGAUCAACUUUGAAAAACUGUUCUAAAGGCUGAACAGUUUUCAAAAAUCCUAAUUUCACUAUAAUAAUUAUAUCAAUUUAAGACAUGUACAUGUAUCUCUCAUUUUACAGAGACAUUAAAUUCAAAGCAGUUUCAAAUUUUGUGUUAAAUUAUGCCAGGUAUGGCCUCUAAAAGCUGAUGAAUCUGUAUGUCAAUUAUACUUUAACACAAUAAUCGGAAGUUCCAUUUUUAUGAUUCACUCAAUAGCUAGAUCACAAAGCAAUGUAUACAGCACUUACAGUACUGAAGAUAAGCUCAAAAUCCUGGCUGCUGAAGUCUUAGGACAUCUGCUGGUCACAUCCGAUCUAAAAUGAAAAAUUGACAAUCUUCAUUAGCAAUCAGUAAUCUCGAUUCACAAUCAGUAAUCUUGAUUCUUUUCUUAGCAUGAAUCUCAGUAUAUCAGCCAGCCGGUCAAGUCAAUUAGUCAAUGAGCCAGCAAUAAUGAUCAGUCGAUCGGUAUGCGACUGUCAGUCAAACAGUUUUAGUAAAACAGCCUGUCAGUAAUUGAGCCAGUCAGCCAGACAAUUGACCAGUAUGCUGGUAAGCAAGUCAUGUCCGUCAAUAAGUCGGUAACAUGUCAGCCAGUCAAUCAGUCAGUUAGUCAUCCCAUCAGUCAGUAACUCAAGUCAGAAAGUCAGACAGUGACGUACUCAGCAUUUAAUUUAGGUGGUCUUUGUUUUCAUGACAUUGCAAAUAUUGCAGUAUUUGGGAGGUAAUGGUGUAUUUUUUGAAAGGGUAAUAUUGUUGUUGUUUUUUUAACGAACAAUGUACAUGAAAAAAUACCCUGCUGGGAAUGUUCUUUCAAAAUAUUGAUCUUAAGCUUAAGUUAUAUCUAAGAUGGCAUUGAUAAAUUUAUGGAGGUCUUUAUGCUUGCCAACCUCUUGAGUCAAAUGCUUUAGACUUUCGGCUUAUGACUGGGAUUUUGGAAAAUGUGCCAGCACCAUUCCAAAGUGUUCCAACAAUUUUGUAGACUUAAUGUUGUUGAAAAUGUUGGGAGGUUUUCAGAUGACUUUUUAGCAUUUUUGAAACUAUAUUAAAAGACAGCAAUUUGCAAGCCUGUCGUCAUUGAACGAUUUUUAGUCAGUUGUUGGUAUUGUUUAAUAGAGGUUCAGUGGCUGCUGUCUUGUGCUGAGUGUGAUGGGAUAUUUGAACUCAAACCUCAGCUGAACACGCCAAUCAAACCAAUGAUUCAGGUAGAGAUUCGGAGGAAUUAUGAGAAGUCACACAGCCGCAUGUUGUUGAAAAUGUUGGAGGAUUUUUGGAUGACUUUUUAGCAUUUUUGAAGCUAAUUUAAAGGCAGCAAUUUGCAAGCUUGUCAUGAUUAAAUGACUUUUGAGUCAGUUGUUGGUAUUGUUAAGAGGCUCGGCGACUGCUGUCUUAUGCUGAGCAUGAUAGGGAUAUACGAACCCACACCCCAGCUGAACACGCCAAUCAGACCGAUGAUUCAGGUAGAGAUUCAGGGGAUUUGAGAGAAGUCACACAGCCACAUGCGCGGCUUUGCCACUCACUCUUGUGUUCUCUUGUGGCUCACUUCUGGCCUCACCAUAAUUGGAGAGCUUCAAUCGGCGACAAAAUUGUUGAGACGUACGUUGUACAUAAGAAUCCACACCCCUCCCUCAUCUCCUCCCUUCAAAGUCGGGGUGUUUGUUGUUUUCUAAAGGUAGCUUGAACAGUAACACAACACUGUGUGGAGGGGAUGGGGGAAGAAAAGCUACAUUUUCCCCUUUGGAAGUCAGUACAACGUCAAAAAGCCCCUUUACGGCAAAGUGUCUCAACUAAUUUUGUCGCCGAUUGUUGCUAGGCCUAGCCUGGCUACUAAGCAAACAAAUAAAGUAUUUGCUACAUACACUGUAACACUUUUAAUUUUUAGAAUUUUACGAAGCCAAUUUGCAAAUAGAGCCUUUAAACACCAUUGGAUACGCAACGAAAUCCCCUUAAAUUCAAAGCGUUGAGACCUAAAGAAGGGGGAGAUUGAAUUAUUGACAGAGUUGCACAUUAGCUUUAAGCCUUACAGGGUCAUCAACUGGCAAAUGUAAGGUAAAUCAUUACUACAAGCACUUCUAACACUUCGUAAAACGAUACCUUCUACAGUUCUUACUGUUUGAUCCACCUAUAAUCGCUACUAACCUUGAAAAUAGAUGAAAAACGAGAUAAAAACCAACUAUGCCUUCCCCCCGCCAUCUUUGAUUUUGUGCUUUUUAGUUCCCAGUGCCCCAAAUCGUCCACAAUGCGCGGUCUCCUUGCUCUUCGCUGAAAUAUAGGGCCCCGGUGGGUGCAUGUGUUGCUGCUAGAAAAAACAUAGACCUUCUACAUUUUGGCGACUUUGUCGCUCUGAUCUACAGAAAAACGCAGAAAUAAAUGGAAUAAAAUUUAAGCGGGGUUGUUUUGACAAAAUAGACUGAAACACAUGGACUCCAGAUUGGGAUGUAAAUGAAAACAAACGGGUUGGAAAUAGUUAGCGCUGACUCAUUCUCAGAUGUUUUUCCUUUUUUCUUUCUUUCUUUUUUUUCUUUUUUUUAAGCUUGAUUCAAAAUUCUGAAUUAGUGGCGUCAAUGACGGCAAAAAACCUUUGUUUUUUUUCUUAUCAUUUUGACUUGGCAACUGAGUCAAACGAAAAGACGCAAUGCAUGUUAGUUGUAAGGUGCCGCUUUUAAACCAGUUAUUGGAUCCUACAAAAUCAUAUCUUUAGAGAUUCGGUCAUUUCAGUCUGUUUUGUUUUUACCCUAUUUUUUUUUUAUAACAUACCUAAUGGAAGAAGCGCCAUGGUGCUUAUCAAAUUUUUCACGCCUAAAAUGUCCUGCUUGUUUCACGGAGGGCGGCGGUUAUUUGAAAGUUGGACACUUGUUUUCACCAGAGCGAUAUUACAUACCUCUUACUAAUCGAGUUCGAGGUCUGUGCUGGAGAAAAAAUACGACUCUGAUCUUAGGAAUAGGCCUUACAAUCUAGUAGGAAAUGAUUUUCAUCUUCACCUUUGUUACUGUUAUAAAAGGAACAUAUCCUUUCAUUGCUAGGGAUUUUUUCGUAUCUACCGGUUUCGGUUCUAAGUUGAUGACUACAAGAAUGAUGCCAUCACGAAAAGAGUUGUCAAGAUAUUCCGUAGAAGAACCAUCUCGAAUAAUUUGAACAGAACUAACUGAAGAGGUGUUGGCCGGGUAUUUAGAGGUUUGCAAAUUCAGAGCGUGUUCGACUAACGCAGCAGAUUUCUAACCAAUGUGCUUCGUUUGACCUUCUUUAGACACCCCGUGAAGUCUGAGAAGGGCGGAGUGUCCGGCCCAAAAACACAGAGUCACCAUCAUUCAUAACUGGGAAGGGGUCUAAGAAAUAUUUAACGAGCCUCGCCCGCACUGUAGAGGCGAGGAUUCGAGUUUUUUGCAGGUGACUAAUCACAGCGCGCGUACUAACUAAGAGACAUAUAUAAUAAGACAUCGUACCUCGGUUGGGUGAUAUUGCCCGAGUUUGUAGUGACUUUUCGCGACUCCCGCAAUUGGAGAGCUCUCGCAGGCUAUCCCAAAUCGAAUAAUCUCUACCUGAAUCUUUGGUCUUAUUGGCGUGUUCAGAGCAGCUGAGGUUUUAGUUCGUAUAUCCCUACGGUGCCCUUUAAUCUAUUCAUGCACAGCACAAGACAGUAGCUACAGAGCCUAAUAAUACUAUAAUAAUAAUAAAUAAUAAAAUAUUUAUAUAGCGCUUAUACUUUUCAGUUCUAAGCGCUUAAUACCAACAACUGAUGCCGGAUUUCGAUCGAGACCCACCUACCAGCAGCAAGGUUCCUAAUUCACCAGUCACUACCAACCUCGAUGAUGUCUAACUCAGUCUUGCGCAUUCCUAAAAUGGUUUUAUUUAUUCCACAAUAAUUGGUCUCGCGCCAUUAAAUAUUAUACCAAUAGAGAAGAGAAGUCGUUACGUCUUGUUACCAUGGUAGCAAAACCUCUGGAUAUCAACAAAUCGUGGUCCUGUAAAUAUGACAGAGAAAACACCAAAAAAUGUAUGUUUGACUUUCCUGAGCGUGAUUGAUCUCAAGAACAAAACGGUAGCUCACGUUUUUCUUCCUUCGUUCAAUAAUAAAGAUAGCUGUCUCCGUCAAGAAAGAUUGUUGCAAUCCAGAAAUUUAGCUACCAUGUUAGCGUGACGUCAAAUGUCUCUCUGUUGUAGAUGGGGCCAAUCAUAUUUCUUUCUUAAAUCAGACACAUCCUUGAUCAGACACCUGGAGUUGGUUCCUUGAUAUUCCUCAGUCAUUUUCUUGAGAUCUCUGCGACACGGACCCCUCCCCCGCUCCCUCUGUCGCUUCCUGUGAAUCUCUUCAAAGCGGACACCUUCCAGUCUCCUGGUCCAUUUUACGUACUUAGAAUUUUACGGUUAUAACAUGCGUAUGUAGUUCAAAUCGUAUAAAGUAGGUACACAAAGCUGUCUUAGUAACACAAAAACUCGAGUUACGAAUAGCGCCUACCACAGACUUGCAGAUUUUGUUCGCAGCCUGAGAAAUAUGGGGUUUCCAUGACAAUUACUCAUUAAAGACAUCCAAAAUUACACCAAGAAAAUUAACUUAGCUAAUAAAACCAGGCCAUAGAUAUUUAAAAUCUUCCCAAAAUCAUUGAUGUAAAUUUAAGAGAAUAAGGGACCGAGGACAGACCCCUGGGAAACUCUCCAAAACAAUUUACGAAAUGAAGACGAGAUACCAUUAAGUUCUACUUUCAUUGUUGUUUUGUUGUCGAUGAUGAUACUUAUCAUUGGGUUGAUUAUUAUUAUCCAAUGAAGGUAGUGGUAGUUGUAGUGAUAAUUUUAGUGGUAGUGUUGGUAGUGGUAGUAGUAGUAGUAGUAGUACUACUACUACUACUACUAUAUGGUAAAUUGCUCUAUUUUCAUGAUCUUACUGGCUAGUUUGCAAGAGCAUCUUUAUAAGUAUCGUAAAGUUAUUUUAUGGUUUGUGUGAAUGCCAGUUAUAACUUCAUUAAUUCUAUUUGAUUACAUUAAAGAAGUCCGCCAUUAAUUAAACCUAUAGGAACACAUUGGUAGCCUUGACUCUCAGACACGGACGGCAAACAUGAUCUUAAUGGGUUUAUCUGAAGCCGUAAACAACUUUUAACGCAUUUCUAAUGGUUCGUGAUGAUACUCAACGCGAAAAAAAAGAGCAGGAAGGAUUAGGAGAAAAAAAUCCUAAAAUUGCAAAUUAUUACACCACAUUUUUAUCGUCUGAAGAGCCUCCUUUUGAGAAAACAACAUCAUCAAACGACAAAACCAACGUCUCCUUUACAGUAAGUAAUUUUGACCUGAAUCCAUUUAAAAAUAAAGAAAUUUUUCGGCAAGAGUUAAGUGUCGUUUUUAUCGUCUAAAACAGCUCCUUUUAAGAACACCACAUCAUCAAACGACAAGAUUCCAACCGCUGAUUCAGAAAAGUAAGCUCGAAAGAUACUUCGAACUUUUCACCAGAAUCACGGGUUAACCCCUUUUAAAAAAUGCACAUAUUUCAACCUUAGUUAUAUGGUAUUUUUAUAUUCUAAAAAGGCUCCUUUUGAGAAAAGAAAAUCAGCAAACGAUAAGACCAAUGUCUCUUUUACAGAAAAGUAGCCUCGAAAGAUAUUUGGAACUUCCGACCAGAAUCAUUGGUUAACCAAAUUUAAAAUAUGUAAAUUUUUCAACUACAGCAAAAUGUCGUUUUUAUGGUCCAAAAAGACAACCUUUGAAAAAAACAACAUCAUCAAACUACAAAACCAAGGUCUCUUUUACAGAAAAGUAGACUUGAAAGAUAUUAAAAACAAUUUUGAACAGAAUCAUGGGUUCAUCUUUUUAAAAUAUGCAAAUUUUUCAGCUUCAGUUAUAUGGUAAUUUUAUCGUCUAAGAAGGCUCCUUUUGAGAAAAAACGUCAGCAAACGACAAGACCGAUGUCUCUUACACAGAAAAGAAGCCUCCAAAUAUAUUUGGAACUUAUGACCAGAAUCAUGGGUUAACCCGUUUUAAAAUAUGCAAAUUUUUCGACUACAGUAAAAUCUCGUUUUUAUGGACUAAAAAGCCUCCUUUUGACAAAAAAACAUGAUCAAACGACAAAACCAAGGUCUCUUGUACAGAAAAGUAGGCUCGAAAGAUAUUUGGAACUGAUGACGAGAAUCAUGGGUUAACCCGUUUUAAAAUAUGCAAAUUUUUCGACUAUAGUAAAAUGUGGUUUUUAUGGACUAAAAAGCCUCCUUUUGACAAAACAACAUGAUCAAACGACAAAACCAAGGUCUCUUGUACAGAAAAGUAGGCUCGAAAGAUAUUUGGAACUUUUGACGAGAAUCAUGGGUUAACCCGUUUUAAAAUAUGCAAAUUUCUCGACUAUAGUAAAAUGUCAAUUUUAUGGACUAAAAAGCCUCCUUUUGACAAAACAACAUGAUCAAACGACAAAACCAAGGUCUCUUGUACAGAAAAGUAGGCUCGAAACAUAUUUGGAACUUUUGACGAGAAUCAUUGGUUAACCCGUUUUAAAAUAUGCAAAUUUUUCGACUAUAGUAAAAUGUCGUUUAUAUAAACUAAAAAGCCUCCUUUUGACAAAACAACGAGAUCAAACGACAAAACCAAGGUCUCUUGUACAGAAAAGUAGGCUCGAAAGAUAUUUGGAACUUAUGACCAGAAUCAUGGGUUAACCCGUUUUAAAAUAUGCAAAAUCUUGAACUAUAGUAAAAUGUCGUUUUAUGGACUAAGAAGCCUCCUUUUGACAAAACAACAUGAUCAAACGACAAAACCAAGGUCUCUUGUACAGAAAAGUAGGCUUGAAAGAUAUUUGGAACUGAUAACGAGAAUCAUGGGUUAACCCGUUUUAAAAUAUGCAAAUAUCUCGACUAUAGUAAAAUAUCGUUUAUAUGGACAAAAAAGCCUCCUUUUGACAAAACAACAUGAUCAAACGACAAAACCAAGGUCUCUUGUACAGAAAAGUACGCUCGAAAGAUAUUUGGAACUUUUGACGAGAAUCAUGGGUUAACCCGUUUCAAAAUAUGCAAAUUUCUCGACUAUAGUAAAAUGUCGUUUUUAUGGACUAAACAGCCUCCUUUUGACAAAACAACAUGAUCAAACGACAAAACCAAGGUCUCUUGUACAGAAAAGUAGGCUCGAAAGAUAUUUGGAACUGAUAACGAGAAUCAUGGGUUAA